CCAUCCUCACAAAACCAACAUCAACCUAUCCUUCCUUCUCCUUCCUUAUUUCUCUCUCUCUCUCUCUCUCUCUCUCUCGCCCCCCCAAAUAACUAGAAAUCAAUGGAGAAGAUCUUGUCUGUCUCAUUGGCAUAUCUUGUCUAUAACACAAUCUUCAUCUGGAUCAGCAUAGUUCACAAGUGCUCUCUGGGAUUUCUAUCCGCCUUGGGAUCCUACCUCGAGUUCCCCACACGCACGUCAAGAAUUCAUGUCGAAAAGAAUACCUCAAGUGAGGCUAGAGGAGACCUUGAGCUGACCAGAGAAGAUGUGGAGACGGUCAUGGAGAAGAUUGGGAUGUCUUUGAGCCAGGAAGGCGAGCAGCUGAAGGAGCGCAUGGCCUUUGAUGAGCUUUCUACCAUGUUCGAGGCGAAGGAACCAAGCUUGGAUGAAAUCAAGGAGGCUUUCUCUGUGUUUGAUCAGAAUUGUGAUGGGUUCAUAGAUGCCAUGGAGCUCCAGAGAGUUCUCUCCAAGCUGGGCUUCAGAGAAGGGGUGACCUUGGAUUCAUGCAAACAGAUGAUCGCAGCGCAUGAUGAGAACCAAGAUGGAAGAAUUGAUUUCAGCGAGUUCGUCAAGUUUAUGCAGAGCGGCUUCUGCUGAAUUUCUUUUUUUUUUCUCUCUCCUUUGUUUUGUUUUUUUCCUUUUUUUUUCUUUUCCUUGUCAAGGAAAAGUUUAUCCUUGAAUAUAGUCCCAACGAAAAACAAGCAACUAAAUCGAGUACAUUCUUUUACAAA